UUGCAUUGUCUCAUUGGGGACGCUGCGUACGGAGCCCAGCACCAUGGUAACUCCACCGGACCGGGAAGCUUAGAAGUGACAUAAAGGGAAAGGACAAUGUCAGUAGGAAAUCAAGCCUGGAUUAAUAUGAGGCAUGGCUCGCUGAUGAUCCUCCAGGCUACCAGUGGAUUCAUUCAUUCUAGUCUUGUGCCAGUCAGCAGGGCUGCCUGAAACUGUAGGCUGCAUGGCACGUUACAGAUGGUGAGGAAUAUAUUUGCCUUAAUGUUGCGUUGAUUCAAGUGGCUACUAUGUUGCUAUCGCUCGUCCGGACCUGUGUUGCUGUACCUGGAGCUGGCCCCUAAGCCACUCAUUCCUCUCAACCAGUGCACGGUAACUGAGCGGCGGUCAGCGUUGCGCCCUCGUUCCGCCUUGCCGGCACCUCGACGAGGAUGGCCGGCCGCCGCAGCUGCGUGAACUCACUCUGGUCGGGCACCGAGCGCGUCCGCAUCGGCGAGCGCCUCAAAGCGACGCUGGCCGGGGUGCUGGAGCUGGAGCUGCUCAGGUGCAAACACCUGCAGAUGGUGGACGCCGCUCUGGAGGACCAAGCCUCCGCUGCCGCCAAAGCCGAGGAGCCACGGGCGGAGGAGGGGAGCGGAACCCCGGAGAGCGCCGCCUCGGAUGCCGAGCAUGGCUCUGCGACAUCCCGCAGGCAACAGGCUCCCUCUCCUUCAGAUGUAAUGGUAUUGCCAUGUCAGAUCAGCCCAGAGGACUGUUGCAGUAAUUCAGGGGAUGGGACGGUCCACUCCUCAUCUGCAAGGGGAAGUAACUCCCGCUGGUCUACUCUGUCCUGGGACGCUCCCUCUGACCUGCUCUCUCCCCCAACACCAGACCCCAGUGGUAUGGUCCACCUGGACAGUGACUCCAGACCUAGUUCAGGUUUCUAUUCAGUGAGCGGCAGCUCUCUGUCAGACUCUUGCUACUCUGUGUCCAGUGAUGCUGCUCAGGGAGGACCAGCGCCACCGGCCAGACCUCAGAAGCUGUGGGAGCAGGUUACUCUGUCUACCGACAACACUGACACCCUGUGGUCAGAAGGUGCAUUGCAGCAGCAGCAGCAGCAGCAGCAGCACCACCACCACCAGCAACACCAGCAGCACCACCACCACCAGCAGGACCAGCCUGUACUGCAAAAUAGCCAGGAUGAUGCUGAACCAACAGAAGGGACCCCAGUUGCAGUACCAAGUGACCUUGAAGGAGCUGGUCUGAACUUUCUGUCUGACCUCUGCUCAGGACUCGGUGACUCCCUGAUUGUUUCCCUCCUCCCACUUUUUGACCCAACCUCCUCUUUUUCAACCUCCUCCUUCCAUCCAAAACCCCAGCUGGACUCUCGCUACUGUACUGACCUGGUGUCCCGUCGGACCAAAGAGGUUUACCCCUACCCCAGCCCGCUUCAUGCCGUUGCCCUCCAGAGCCCCCUCUUCACCUCCCAGAACCAGGAGCAAUCAGCAUCUCAGAGUCCUGAAGGACCACAACAUGAUGAACAACUAGAGUCCAACACUGACCCAGCUCUGCCUCUCCAGCCUCAGCAGCCCCUCACCCUGGCCUCCUUCACCCAACUGGAGCAGUACAUCUCUCGCCUGGCUCAUCAGUACCACAGUCGGGUAACCUCUUCCACCUCUGAUCUCACUUCAGGUGUCACCCCUGGUACAGUUGUGCACAGAAGCCUUUGCACCCCUGGUAAAACUCAUGGUUCCACCCAGUCUCUUUCUGCCUUUGAGAGCCGCAGUACACCCUCCACUAUGCCAGGGGGCAGCAUCACUCCCUGUAAGUCACUACUGGGAAAUUCAGCCAGAGUCAGCCUCAGCACUACUGGGAAAAAGGCCACUAGGAACUCAAUCAACCUGGGUAACCUUCCUUCAGCAACUGGAGAGGACUUGAACAUAAAUCUGCAUCUCAACCUUAACUUGAACCUGGCCCCAGGUUUAAAUUCUAGCCGGGGACUCAUGGACAAUCCCAAAAAUGGCAGUUGUGGAGCUUUGAGGAGUGACUUUACUACAGCUCCUACUGCCUCUGCUUCAUCACUCUCCUCCGCUACACCCACCCCAGCGCUUAGAGCUCGCCCUCGCAUUUCAACUUGUCCGACCAGCCUGAGCCACCGCAGUUCCCUGGAAGUCACUUCGGCGUCUGGACCAAGCACUGGUUUUGGGUCAUCAGCUUUCUGUCGCUCAUUAGACUGGAGCAGUGGUGCUCAACCUGAGGCUGGACCAUCAGUGUUUGGUACAAAUGCUGGAUCAGCUCCUGGGUCUCAGCGUAGCAGCCUGAUCCAAGAGUCCAGUUCCAGUCCCAAGUUAAGUGAAGACUCCCCCAUGGUGGGAGAGAUAUCCCGCCUCUCUGGCUUGUCCAGGGCUGUUGUGGUCGGACUGAUGGAACAAGGUGUGGAGCUGGAUAUUGACUGCUUCCAAACAGAUUCUGCAGGUGAGGUGAGGGGUCACAGUAAAACUCACCUGACUACCCAAACAGAUCAGUCACAUGACUAUACUAGACUAACCGACCUGAAUCCCCAGAGACCAAUACAGCUCUCCCUCAGUGUCACCCAUUCUCCUCAGUCUCAGUCAAGUCUCACCCCUCCUCUCUCACACUCUAGCAGCCCCAUACACCCUUACCAGUCUGUCCAUAUUCCCUCUCCCCACUACUCUUCCCACUGCCACUACCAGCAAAUCCCUUCCCCAUCCGACCUUCCCUCUUCCACAGCCUCCUCCCCUGCCUCCCGCCCCACUCCCAGGGGUCGCUCCCCGCCCCGGCCUCUCCAGCCAUCCCCACUGGGUGCCACCCCUCUCUCAGUUUUCCGUCGGGAUACACCCUUUCAGUGCUCCCUGCCCCGCACCAAUACCAGGACCUCUCCUUUGGAGCAGGGCGGAAUCCAACCAAGAGGAGGAUCACUUCGACAGAGUGGGGGAGGAAGUGGAGGUAGUGGCGGGUGGAAGAGGGCAGAGGGGGAAGGGCUUUACAAAGGAAAGCAUACCUCCCACAAGUUAAUCAGGGCAGCCACAGUAAGCAGCUAUGCCAAGAAAGAGGACUACAGCUCUGUUUGGGGUGAGGAGGAGCAAAAGGAGCGAACAGCGGCUCAGACACCAAGAAAGACCUCCAACAAACUCUGGAGGGGCUUUGAGGGACGCCUCUGGGGCAAAGAGUCAGAAAGUGAAAGGGAGGAGAUGGACAGAGCUGAGUAUGGCUACGGAUGGAGGAGGAACAGCGUUGGAAGCUGGAGGAGGGAGCACCGCAGAGCGAAGGCUUCAUCCAACAGUAAUGACAAGAGGCCAAAAGUAGAUAACUCCCCCAUCUUCUCGAAGAAGAGGGGGAAAGAAGAUGGGGAGAGACGCAGCUCCAGCCUCAGGCUUUCCAGAAGGGCUUUAUUCAGGAGCGAGUCCCAGGGUUUGCUGGUGCCUCGUAACCACAGCGAGGGGCCCACAAAGCGGGCACACUGGGUCUCCUCAUUAGACGUAGGGCAAGGAGGCAUGGGCAUCAGCAAAGACGAAGGGGUCAGACUGCUGAGAGCAAAGGAGGAGGACAAACGCCUGUCCUCCACUGCCAGCCUCUUUAACCUUUCUCGCUCUCAGAGCCUGGAGGGCAGCUGCCACUCCCUUUCCCCUCUCUCUUCUCCCUCUUUUUCUCCAUCCCCUCCUCCACGGAUGCCUCUCCAGCGCUCUCGAUCACUGAGGGACUUGGGGAGGAGAGUGUUUGGCUCCAUGAGGUCUCUGAGUCUCAAACGGAAGCCAUCCAAGAAGUGACAUUUGUACAAUAAAUGAUCAUCACGGUAGAUGAUUCUUCCAUGUGUUACAUUCAAAACACCAGUGAUGGUUGGUAUUAUAUUUCAUGUGAAAAGAAGUGCCAUUGUUUUUUAAUUUUUAAACUUCAAAGAUUUGUGAUUGAUUAGACAGAUACACAUGCUAUAAUACUGGCUAUAAGUUAUAUGCCAGUCCUUUCAUCCACCACCAACAUGAUGGAAGUUCCUCUCAGGCACAUAAGUCUGUAAAACCUGCUAUUAAUUUUGUUCUUGGCUCACGACAUUCAUUCCAGUGACGUUUUUGUAAAUUUUUAUUGACAUAGCCACUUUUUAUAGCCUUCCAAAAUACUACAAAAUGUCUGACAAAUUUCUCCAAACAGGUUCUACGGCCUAAACAGAGAGCUUUGAGGCCAAAUGAUUACACUGUAUCUCCCAAAGUCUUUCCUCACUGACAAUGUGUUAUUGUAAAUUGUACAAGCAAAAGCGCUGCUGGGUGCAGCAUGGCCUACAGAGAAAUGUCAGUGAAGAAAACAUAGGUGAUGUGGGGUGAAGAAUUCCUUUUAGGUGCUGCAAAGAACUACACACCUUUUAAAAACGUGAUGACUGUAGGUGUUUUUCAGUGUGAAUAUCGUUUAAAAGGAUUUGACAUCUUAACAGGAACAAUAUUCUGGGUUCCUUUUGUGGCUUAAAAGUAGCCUAAUUUAAAAAAAAUAUUCAAUAUGAACUCACAAUAGUGGCUAUAACCAGCUUCAUUACAUAUUGGUUAAAUCCCCCUUUACCAUGAGUAUGAAUGUGUAUGUGUACACUCCCCCUCUGCAUGCUGCUCUGUGACUUGUUCAGUGAUUAUAGCUAUUGUGAGAAUGUGAUAUUCCUCUUUGUUUAUGGGCAAUAUUGCCUCUGAAGUACAAUCAUAUUGGCCAGACAAUGACCAAAACCAAGCAAAUACUCUUUAACUUGAUAUUGUGCUCAGGAUUUUCAAAUAAAUAUUGAAUGAUUAAAAUAUUGAUGAGUUAUUUGAGACAAAAUGUGGCUUCUCAUGGCUUACGAUUAAUAAAAGAAGCUGAUAACUAAGA